AUGAGCACUUCCCACCAGUCGGCCUUGCCACUGUCCGCCCACGACUCUCCAGUAUCUCAAACGGCAUCUUCACCCGCACAAAGGAAUGCGCGCAACAAUUUCCCCGAUAUGCUAGGCUCACCACCGGUCCCGCCUCCGAGGGUCUCAUCUACGCACCACAGCCGUCGCAGCCCCAAUGGUUCAUCGGGAGAAAAAGGCUCUCGCCAAAGUAAGAGUCGGGGUGAUCGCAAAGAAAACCGCGAUCGACCGCGCGAUGACCGCAAUGGCAAAAGCCGAUCCCGUCGCCCGGAUCCUGUUGAAGAAACAUCGCGGGACUCGGGCAGGUCGAGAGCAGCCCCCGUUUCCGCCAUAGAGAUGAAACCUGACACAGAGAACGCACAUGGGGCACCUCUAGUGAAGGAGUCGAGUGCAGUCAUCAACUCGAUACAGGUCAGCGACCCCGUCGUGGACCGGGAGAGAGAGCAGGUGCGACAAGUGAGCGCUUCCCCGACAGCUGCGCCUGGAGAUAUCGCUGCAAGCUACUCUAAUGAUCCCGUUGAGGAUGGAACUCGAACUGGGCACCGCAGUCGCCACGAUUACAGCAACAACGGUAACACGGUUAAGCGCAAAGAGACGACUUUCGGCCAUUAUAUUCUAGGCCAGACCCUCGGUGAGGGCGAAUUUGGAAAGGUCAAACUGGGAUGGAAGAGAGAUGGGAGCAUUCAAGUCGCAAUCAAGCUCAUACGCCGAGACACCCUUGGAACGAAUCCGAGUCGGCUGCCAAAAAUCUACCGAGAAAUUUCGAUUCUGCGCGAGCUCGCCCACCCCAAUAUUGUUCGCCUCCACGAGAUGGUGGAAACCGACCGUCAUAUCGGUAUUAUUAUGGAGUAUGCGUCUGGGGGUGAACUUUUCGACUAUAUCCUGAACAACCGCUACCUUAAAGAUAACUCCGCGCGUCGGUUAUUCGCGCAACUCGUUUCUGGUGUUGGCUAUCUGCAUAAAAAGGGCAUCGUGCACAGAGAUCUCAAGUUGGAGAACUUGUUAUUGGAUCGGAAUCGUAAUAUCAUUAUUACUGAUUUCGGUUUCGCAAACACUUUCGAUCCGCAUGAUCCAUUGGAGGAGGAGAUUGAGUACAAUCUAACCAAUAAAGAAUAUGUCAAGCGGAAGCGCCUGGACAAGAUCGGUCCCACCGGGGUUCGACGCGGUGACCUAAUGCAAACAAGCUGUGGUAGCCCUUGCUACGCCGCCCCGGAGCUGGUCGUGAGUGACUCGCUAUACACUGGGCGCAAGGUGGAUGUGUGGAGUUGCGGUGUCAUCCUGUAUGCGAUGUUGGCUGGCUAUCUCCCCUUCGAUGACGACCCUGCGAAUCCCGAUGGAGAUAACAUCAAUCUUCUGUACAAAUACAUUGUCACCACACCUCUCACAUUCCCCGAAUAUGUUACACCACACGCCCGUGACCUCCUGAGGCGCAUACUGGUCCCUGAUCCUCGCAAACGUGCAGAUCUUUUCGAAGUGGCUCGUCACAGCUGGCUGAACGAGUACUCACACAUCGUCUCUCACAUUACUAGCAGCACCACGAAUGUUGCAGACAUUGCCAACACAACUGUCCCAGCCGAAUCUCAACCGGAAGCGCCCACUCUGGCACGAAGCGCAUCGGUCCGCGAGCCACCGAAGACACACCAAAGUCCCGUACCAGCUGUCGGUGGGCUUAACCACCACGCCGGAGACAUUUCACAAGAAUCGCCAAGCGAGAAAUCGAAGACAUCCCGUGAUGCAAAGCGCAGAACAGUUCAAGUCGAAUAUGUCGCUCCGCAGUCCCAGACUGUACGAGGAGAAUACCCUGCAGACACCGAGUCACGCCCUCACGGUCCUGUUCAGAAAGAAGAGCAGGGUCCUCCAGUACCCGAGAAAUCAGUUGAGCCAGUCCCCAUUAAAGCCAAGGAGAAGCCGCCUGUCAAUUACGACAAGCCUUUGCCAGGACAUUUCCCUCGCUCCACUUCGGACUACGUGGCUAUCACAGGAACCCAUACGACCGCCACAGCACCCUCGAACGCGAGGCCGACAACAGGUGGUUCCAUGGCCUCUUUCAACACUGGUCGCCUGCCUUCACGGGGCUCAUAUGGGCAGCCAGUGGCCCCUACAGUCACUGCAACUAACACCGAGGGCCGUCUAGCACAGCCAAAGAGCCGCCAAUUCGCACUUGGUCAGAAUCCUGCACAGUCAUCGACCACCUCCAUCGGCCGCCCCAGUACUCAGCAACUUCCUUCAACUUUUAAUCCUACGCCCCGACAAGAGCCCCCCAAGGGUCACAAGCGUUCGAACACCGUUUCUAGCCUUGGCGAAAAGCUUUUCGGGCGCACCGGUUCUAUUAUGGGUGGUCGCAACUCACAAAGCACUGCCGCUCGUUCUCGGCAAAACAAACGCUACCCUCCCACCAGCAUGAAAGAGACUCUUCCCCGAGAGGAUUCUCGCCCAGUGAAGCUGCUGGCGAGGGCCGUCCUCGUCGCUUUUCUCUUCUCCCCCCAAUCCUUUUCCAUCCGAGGCUUUGGGCGGGCUCAAACCCCCGAAGAAGCACCACAGACCUCCCGGCCUGUUGACCCCCGCGGUCCCCAGCGCCCAGCUACAGGCCCCGCUACUGGCCCAUCCCCAACCCGGCCUCGUGCGACAAGCUAUGGAACCCAGGAUGCUAUGGGCAUCGUCAGUGAAGGACCAUCAGACGAGGUGCAUGAGAAUCCGCAAGACAAUGGCCCCCUGAGCUAUGAAUCACAGAUCGAUCAACAAUUUGCUGAGCUUGGGUCUCGGUUUGACCAAACACAGGAUUCAUUCGGAGCCAUCUCUUCAGAGCAGGUCUACCAAAACGAUGACCAGCACCAUGGAAACAACUACACAUAUUCGUCAAAGCCAAACUAUUACGAUGACUACAAUGCCACCUACGACAGCUUUCCCCGGUCAUCUAUGCAAGCUGGUCGGUCUGGGCGUGGGCCCAACGUUCUGCAAAAGAACAACCGCAAAUUCGCUGAUGCUUACGAGUAUGAGCGCGAUUCUUCCCACCACUCCGGCAGUUCAGGUGCGGCCCGCAAGGUGAUGGACUUUUUCCGACGGCGCGCCAAGUCUCGGGCUGGUGGUGACGACAGGUGA